UAUCAGACUGAAAGACCAAUUGUAACCUGAACCCGAAACCGUAUCCGAUGAUAUUCAUGCGGAAGCCUUCACUUCCAUUUGUCUAGUUUCGAACUUGCAGGUCAGUAGCCGCUUCAAGACAUGUCUUGAACUCUUGUGUCCAAUUCGAGAAGAAUCUCAAUCACUGUCACUCGCGUACGCAACUCAUUAGAAUCCACACUUCAGUUCGCAAACCGUGAAAAAUGUCAGGAGGGUUUUUCCGGGGUACGUCUGCCGAUCAAGACACUCGGUUCUCCAACAAACAAGCUAAGCUGUUGAAAUCACAGAAGUUCGCUCCCGAAUUGGAGCAUCUGGUGGACAUGACUAAGGUGAAGAUGGAUGUGAUGAGACCUUGGAUUGCGAAGCGAGUCACAGAGUUUGUAGGGAUUGAAGAUGAAGUGCUUAUCAACUUCAUAUACGGUCUUCUAGAAGGAAAGGAUGUAAAUGGAAAAGAGAUCCAAAUUCAACUGACUGGAUUUAUGGAGAGGAAUACUGGAAAGUUCAUGAAAGAGCUCUGGUUACUACUACUUAGUGCUCAGAACAAUGCAAGUGGUGUUCCACAGCAGUUCUUGGAUGCGAAAGAAGAAGAAACAAGGAAGAAAAAGGUGGAGUCUGAUCGAGUAACAAAUGAAAUACAGAGGAGAAAGGACAGAGAAUAUGAGGAACUGGAGCACGAGAAAAGGAAGGCGGAGGAUGAUAUUUCCAUGUCAAGAGAUAAGUAUGCCGGACUGGAACCAUCUUCAAAGCAUCAUGCUAGGCAUUCCCCCACACGUUCAGCUCAGAAGGAGGAUCAUGCUGACAAUAAUAAUUCAAAAGGAAGAAAAAGGGAUAGACGUUCAAGGUCAAUCAGUAGGUCAUUUUCCAACUCUAGAAGUUACUCGGGUGAAAAGCAUAAUUCAAGUCCUGAACAAAGAGGGCGCUCUAUAUCCUCUGAUGAAAGGAAACACCACUCACCUAUAAAACGGUCGACUUCACCUCGGCAUAAGCGCUCACCCAGACGAUCCUUGUCUCCUCCAAGACGAAGGCGUAGAUCUGUGUCUCGUUCAAGGCUCAGGUCACCUUCUCCCAGGCGAUACCGUAGGUAUUCUCCUUUACGACGUAGGUCUAGGUCUCCAUUACGGCGUAGGUCAAGAUCACCGAUGUGGCAUAGGUCAAGAUCACCAAUGUGGCGUAGGUCAAGAUCACCUUUAAGACAUAGAUCCCCUUCGCCAGCUCAUCGAAGAACGCCAUACCACAUGCGCCAUAGAUCACCAUCUCCCUUCAAGAGACGGUCUCGUCAUUCCCCAUCGAGUCCUCGCCGUGGUUCUCCAUCUGCUGCUCAUCGCCCUGGUUCUGGCCGCAAGGUGUCCAGGUCCCCACUUAGGAAAAGAUCUAGGUCACCUAUACCAAGGAGGUCUCCAUCACCUGAAGAUUCGGUUUCUAAAUCACCAGCACGCCAGAGAAGUCUCUCACCAAUCAAAGAGAGAGCACCAAGACGUGAGAGGAUGUCACCUGUCCAUUCUCCUAUUGGAAGGAUGAGGUCAAGGAGUCCCAAAAAGAGUAACCUGAAUGAAAAGAGUGAAAAGAUAAUCCCAACCAGAAGUGUAAGUCCUCCGCGAAAGCAAAGAGAAUAUAAGUUGCAACUUGAUACAUCUGAGAGAACCUUUAGGCCAAAGAGUCCAGACAAGAGUAACCUGAAUGAAAGAAGCGAAAAGAGAAUGCCAGACAGAAGUCCAAGUCCUCUGCGAAAGCAAAGAGAAUAUAAGUUGCAACUUGAUACAUCUGAGAGAAGCCCAGAUGCAAAAGAUGCCAGUAUUUCUAGGCGAAAUGUUGAACAAAAGUUUAGGUCGGAUGAGACUGGGCGGCACCCUAAUGGGUCUGGGCCAAGGAAAAGAAAUGAAGCAACAAGAAGUGAAAAGGCACCUGGAAGGAUGGACCACAUACUAGAUAUCGAUGAUGAACGACGAAAAUCGCCUGUUAACCAUUCAGGAUCUCAUUUAGCUAAUAAGAAAGAUAGGGAAUCGUUGGGUUUGGAGAACGCCAAAGCCAAUGACGAGAAGAACAAUAUUCAUCCACGUCAAGAGUCAAAAAAUCUGCAUGAGUCAUCUAGGGAAGCGGAUGACAUUAAAAAUGAAAAGGUUUCAGGUCACGGGGAAAGUGAUAAGCAAAGAUAUAGAGCCAAGGAAAAGAGGAAGCACAAAAGGAGAUCUGCUAAACAUGACUCUUCCUCUUCUUCUUCUGAUGGUGAUUCUAGUUACGACUCAGGUAUUGAUGAAAGGAAGGAGGCUAAGAGGAGGAAGAAAGAAGAGAAGAGAUUGAAGAAGGAAGAGAAGCGUCAGCAACGACGGGAAGAGAGACGCCGCCGGAGGGAAGAAAGGCGCGUGACUAAACAAAAGUUGAAAUCAUAUAGUGAUGAUGUCAUCUCUGGAGAUGCCGAGAAGACGACUACUAAUGGCGGUAAUGUCUCAGAAGAUGCAGAUUCAGCAAAGAAACUCGAAAUUGAGUUGAGAGAGAAGGCUCUCGAGUCUCUUAGGGCCAAAAGAGGAAUGGGCCACUAAUUCACAUGCUUGCUCUUGGACAUCAAUGGACUGUUUUAUUAUUUUUAUAGUCAUUUCACUGUUAUAUUUAUUUUUGCUUAGACUUGUUGCAUUGAUGUAAUGUCUAUGGAUGCUUAAUCCACUUUUAUCUUUUACUUCUCACAGCUAAAUUCUCUUAAAUGAAGAAUCCAUGAGCUACUCUGUGUCUUGAGUGCAACGUCUAAAUUUGCUGGUAAAUGAGUAGUCUCUGCUUUGUUGUGGAAGGUUCUGUCUUUGGCUUAUGAGCUCCUUAUUUGGGACCUAUAGAGUUAAUUGUCAUAUAACUGGUUAAUGUUAUUAUGGUCAUUGACAAUUUGACAUAUAUUAUUAAUCCUUAUUUUGGACUAUAGAGUUAGUCAUAUGGCUGAUUAAUAUUAUCAUGAAGGUCAUUGACAUAUAUUAAUACUGCUACUAAGUUGCUCUUCUGGUCCAUUGAUAGAUCACAAUAUUUUCGCCUAGGUGACCUGGUUGAGCAAAUCUAUGCAGCCUUCAUCAUACAAAACACAGGUGACGUAUGUACAUACUCUGAGGAUUUUGAAUUGUUUUAAAGAUUGUUCCUCUAACAUUCUCCAAUCUGAAUCUUUAUGUACUUCCCAAUCCUUUGCAUCCACCCCUUGUGCUCUUGCCUUCCUGUUAAUGCUGAUGCCAUUUGAAUACAAUUUUGUGUCAUUAUGGUGCAUAAUCAAUUGAAUACAAUUCUGUAAUGCCAUCGCUUCUGUCAUUUAAUUAAAUUUUUUAUCAAU